GUUACGCUUGUUUUUUUUCUUUUGUUAGAUUUUCUCUCCUUUCCAUUGUAUUGGGUUGAAGUACCCCUUGUACUUCAUAUCAAUACAAUUUUUUGCUUACCAAAAAAAAAAAUAAGUGUGGGUUCUGAUUCAUGAACCACCGAACAAUAACUACAUUUUCAUACACUAAUUUUUUGUUUUUUUUAUCUCUUUUCCUCUUACGUUUUAUUUAUAACUUAUUUCUAUUCUCUCUAUAUCUCAACCAAUUUCAUUUUCGACAGUAAGUCAACUAUCACUGUUUCUUUUGUUAUUUUAAUUUAUUUAUUCUUACUUAUUGUUAUUUGGUAAAUCAUCAAUGAUAUCAUUCAUAUUUCCAUCUUAUAAACGUGGAAGUAGCUAAGAUCCAAUUUUGCAGAUCAUGUUGUCCAUGUUACUGACAUUCUGACAUGGGCAUUAAUUAUGCCAGCAAUGAUAAAGAGAAAACAAAUUUAUAUAAUAUUAUUCAUAAUCGCUCCGCGCGGGAUUUAUACUGUAGUACUACAUUCAUUCUUAUUUAAUUAUUCAGAAUAAUGAGAGAGAAAUUAUAUUAAGAAGCUCAACUAAUAUUGUUAAUUUUAGAAAAAUAUUAUUCACUUUUGUGGUUUGACUUGUUUUUUAGAAAUGUCCAAUUAAAUUAAUGGAAGUACUAGUAAUAAUAUACUAAUAUAUACAAUUGAUGUCGGUUUUUUUUUUAAAUUUAAAAUUCAUUGAAUUAGGAGUAUAUGAGAUAUUUCAAUCCACUAUAUAAGAGAGAAAAAAAUAGAAAAGGACCAGCACACAGAACCAAUAGUUUACAUAUGGAAAUAACACACCCCCUGCUAUAAGAACAAUUAGUACGCCCCAGCAUAGUCACCAACAUUUAGAGUUUAGACCCACCAAAUCAAUAUAGACCCACCAAAUUAAUAUACACCAGCGAGUAAUAAAGAGAAGGGACCAGGUGCUUUGAUAAAGGGAAGGGGUCAAGUGAUGUCGUUUUUUGUCUUAUCCUCACAAAUAAAUACUCUUGAAAGCUGCAAUAUACACACCAUUUGUUUGUAAUCACUAAGCCUCAAAGACAUAGCCUCGCAAGGCUCCCUGCACAACAAUUCACAAACUUCCACAUGGGUUCUCCUAAGCAAAAAGAUGUAGAUCAUGGUCAACCACCUUUGCUAGAGCUUAAUGACCACCCACCACCACCAUUGCCGCUGUCGUUUGCUGAUUCAUUCAGCGUGAAGCAUGAAGGAUCAGACGGUGAGCUUGAGCGAAUACUCUCAGACACGAGCGUCCCUUUUGCAAAGCGUUAUGGAUCUGCAACAUGGAUUGAGCUCAAGCUCUUGAUUUACCUUGCUGCUCCUGCUGUCAUAGUGUACCUCAUCAACUAUGUCAUGUCCAUGUCCACUCAAAUCUAUUCAGGCCACUUGGGAAACCUUGAGCUAGCUGCGGCUUCCCUUGGAAACAAUGGUAUCCAAGUCUUCGCUUAUGGCCUCAUGUUGGGCAUGGGGAGUGCUGUUGAAACACUAUGCGGACAAGCAUACGGUGCAAGAAAGUUCGAGAUGCUAGGCAUAUACAUGCAAAGAUCAAUCAUUCUUCUCUCACUAGCCGGAGUCGUUUUAACAAUAAUCUACAUCUUCUGUGAGCCCAUCUUGAUCUUCUUAGGAGAAUCCCCAAGAAUCGCAAAAGCAGCAACACUCUUCGUCUAUGGCCUCAUCCCUCAAAUCUUCGCCUACAGCUUAAACUUCCCUAUCCAGAAAUUCUUACAAGCACAGAGCAUAGUUGCUCCAAGUGCAUACAUCUCAUCAGCGACGUUGGUCCUGCAUCUCGUCCUAAGCUACGUCGUGGUCUACGCGCUCAAGCUCGGGUUGUUGGGCGCGUCUCUAAUGUUGAGCGCGUCAUGGUGGAUCGUAGUGAUUGGGCAGUUUGUGUACAUUGUGAAGAGUGAGAGGUGCAGACACACAUGGAAAGGGUUCACGGUUCAAGCGUUUUCUGGGUUGCCACAGUUGUUCAAGCUAUCUGCGGCAUCUGCAGUUAUGUUAUGCCUCGAGACGUGGUACUUUCAGAUCCUGGUUUUGCUUGCUGGGCUCCUUCCUCAUCCGGAGUUGGCUUUGGAUUCACUUUCUAUUUGUACCACAUUGUCUGGAUACGUGUUCAUGAUUUCAGUUGGAUUCAAUGCAGCUGCGAGUGUGAGAGUGAGCAAUGAGCUGGGGUCAAGAAAUCCAAAAUCAGCCUCAUUUUCAGUGGUGGUGGUGACAACGCUUUCUUUCAUAAUAUCAGUUAUUGAAGCACUUGCGGUGCUUGUGUUGCGAGAUGUGAUCAGCUAUGUCUUCACGGACGGUGAAGAGGUUGCGGCUGCUGUCUCAGACCUCUGUCCUCUCCUCGCUCUAGCCAUUGUCCUCAACGGCAUUCAACCUGUCUUAUCCGGUGUGGCCGUUGGAUGUGGAUGGCAAACUUUUGUUGCGUAUGUGAACGUUGGUUGUUAUUAUGGAAUUGGCAUACCAUUUGGUGCAGUUCUUGGUUUCUACUUCAAAUUUGGUGCUAAGGGAAUAUGGUUGGGAAUGCUGGCUGGCACGGUUUUGCAAACAAUUAUUUUAAUGUGGGUCACAUUUCGAACAGAUUGGAAUAAAGAGGUUGAAGAGGCAACGAAGAGGUUGAAUAAAUGGGAGGAAUCGACUACAGAGCCACUUCUCAAGAAUACAACAUCUCCAAAUGUGGAAUAACUUUUGUCACUACGAUCCAUAUAAAUUAAGUCAGGUCUUGCAUUGUUAAGGGACCAACAAAAUUAAGUUUGGUAAUUCCUUGCUGUUUAUCUUGUUGGAGUUGGAUCACAAGGAGUUGCAGCCGCUCACGCUUUUAUUAUUUUCUAUAUUUUUAUUAAAACAUAUUGGUUGUGAUAGCUGAAUGUAAACAAUACAUAUGGAACACAUACAUUUUACCAUAUAUUAUAGUAGAAAUUAAAUAUUGUUCACAA